AUGGUUUCAUGGACGACACUUCAGACGGCCGCAUUCCUCUUUGGACCGAUUUUCAUUCCUAAACUUAUCGCGAUUAUCCGGUCCGUGAAUGUGCGGAAAACAUCGACACGAACUCUUGACCCUCAGACAAGAUUGAGUCUGAAUAUUUUAACGCUUACCAUAUUCCUCGCACUUGCCUCUUCGUUAUCCUACUUUCAAAGCCAAAAUAUCAUCAAGGCGACGGAGAGUCGACUUCUUCUGACGCCUAACGAUGUUCUCCUGCGUAGACUUGAAAAUCUACGGCUCCGAGAAGGGCUACAGGGCCUCUCAAGUACCGAUGUAGUACUACUAAACACGCUCAAAACAAGGGAGGGUCGUCUCCUCUAUGCUGCACAUGGCCCCAAACCCUUGACUGAAUGUGCUUGGUGCUCAAUUUCGGACCCCUCUAGUUAUUUAUUUUACAGUGCUCCAACAAUUGCGGCCCCUCAUAUUGUGAACAUUGCUGUUCUCGGAUUGGUUACAUCCUCCUUGUCUUCCAAGACUGCCAGGUCAUUCCGGAUCUCUGCUACCAUGGCUGGAUUAGGGGUUGCUUUAGGGGAAUUCGUUUUACUAUACAGCCAUGACCUUUUGCAAAAUACACAGGCUACUUCAACUCAAGAUAUUAACUGGUACCAUUGGCGGCUACUCACAUAUAGAGGCUUAGCGAUCGCCACCAUCAACUGUAUGCUUGGAGUCGUAAUUUAUAUGACUGCUACAGGCCGGUAUGGCUUCAGUGGGGUUUCGGAUUUGGAAAAGAUUGAAGCCUUGUCCAAAUCUCUCGAUGUUGGAGUGAGCCACGUUCGGACUAGCCUUUUUGUGAAGAGCACAACGACGAGAAAUGAAUCGAACCUGAACGACAUCUCCGAAUUCUGGAGAACAGAAGCAGCGAAUCGUCGGAACAUUGCAAGCCAGGUCGAGGAUACAAAAAACCAGGUAUUGGGGCGUGUCAACCUCAACUCUAUCAACGAUGAAGCAUUCAAGUUCACUUCUAGCCUCAUCGAUGCUAUCGCCGCAACAAAGGGCCCUGUUUCCAAUAUACAGAACUCAACAGAGCUCUCGACAAGCUAG